UCGUAGUAAUAAAUGAAUUAAACCAAUAAAUAUAAACCCUUCUCUGUCUCGCUCGCUAGCUCCUCCUCCUCCUCUUCUUCUUCUUCGAUCCUAUCUCGAAACCCUAGCCAAAAUGGCGAUUCCCAAUCCGAAGGUUAAACGCAAUGCGGCGAUCCGCCGCUUCUUCGUCGUCUUGCUCGCCGUAUCCGUCGCCAUCAUCUUUCUGAUUCUCUCCCUCACCGACACGGCGCCGGAGGUGAGCGGGAAGGAGGAUGAGGGUUUGUUGUCUCUUCCGCCGUCGGAUCUGUACUCUUCGGGCCUCCAUUUUGUGCGGCGAUCUGUCCUCGCCGUCCGAUCGGAUCCCCUCCGGUCGCGGGCGGAGCUGAUCCGGAAGCAGGUCGGCGACCAUGCCGCUGUGGCCGGGGCGUACGCGUCGUUCGCGCGCCGGCUAAAGCUCGAGAGCUCGAAGCAGGCACGCCUCUUCGCCGAGCUCGCUCGUAACCUCUCCCUCCUUCUCGCCGCCCACCGCCCCUUCCUCGAAUCCGCCGCCCCACUGGACGAAGCAACCGUCCGAGGAUUUGAGCGCGGUGUCAAGGACCGCAUCCGCGCCGCUCGCCUCCUUAUCGCGGAUGCCAAGGAGUCCUUCGACAACCAGCUCAAGAUCCAGAAGCUCAAGGAUACCAUCUUUGCUGUCAACGAGCAGCUCUCCAAGGCUAAGAAGGCCGGCGCUUUCUCGUCCCUCAUUGCCGCCAAGUCCAUUCCCAAGAGCCUCCAUUGCCUUGCCAUGCGCCUCAUGGAGGAGAGGAUCGCCCAUACGGAUCGCUACGUUGAUCCCCCGACGCCUCCACCGGAGCUGGAAGACCCGAAGCUCUACCAUUAUGCCAUCUUCUCAGACAAUGUCCUCGCAGCGUCCGUCGUGGUGAACUCUGCUGUCCGCAACGCCCGUGAGCCCUGGAAGCAUGUCUUUCACGUGGUUACAGAUCGGAUGAACCUGGGGGCAAUGCAGGUUAUGUUUCGUAUGAAAGAUUACUCUGGAGCACACAUCGAAGUUAAGGCCGUGGAGGAUUAUAAGUUCCUCAACUCUUCUUAUGUGCCAGUGCUCCGGCAGCUUGAGUCUGCGAACCUCCAGAGGUUCUAUUUUGAGAACAAGCUAGAGAAUGCCACCAAGGACACCACUAACAUGAAGUUUAGGAACCCCAAGUAUCUGUCAAUGCUAAACCAUCUGAGGUUUUACUUGCCUGAGAUGUACCCAAAGCUCCACAGAAUUCUGUUCUUGGAUGAUGAUGUGGUGGUGCAACGGGAUCUCACAGCACUAUGGAAAAUUGAUAUGGAUGGGAAAGUGAAUGGAGCAGUUGAGACGUGCUUUGGGUCAUUUCACCGGUAUACACAGUAUAUGAAUUUCUCGCACCCACUUAUCAAGGAGAAGUUCAACCCUAAUGCAUGUGGGUGGGCAUACGGGAUGAAUUUCUUUGAUCUGGAUGCAUGGAGGAAAGAGAAGUGCACUGAGCAGUACCAUUACUGGCAGAAUCUGAAUGAGAAUCGAACAUUGUGGAAACUAGGAACUCUUCCACCAGGUCUAAUCACAUUUUACUCUACCACAAAACCAUUGGACAAGUCCUGGCAUGUGCUUGGACUCGGAUAUAAUCCAAGUAUAAGCAUGGAGGAGAUCAAGAAUGCUGCUGUUGUGCAUUUUAACGGGAAUAUGAAACCUUGGCUUGAUAUUGCCAUGAACCAAUUCCGACAUUUGUGGACAAAAUAUGUGGACUAUGAUUUGGAGUUUGUCCGUCAGUGCAAUUUUGCAGCAUAGUUGAGAACUGUCAACCUAUGUUUGUCUGUAAGGGUAUAUUCUGCAGAUGAAUGAUAAGUUUAGAUAUUAUGCAGAAUAAGAAGGCAUUUUGAAUUC